UAAACCAAUAACACACACACACAUAGAAAAAGCAUACAACAUGUCCUGCAUAUCGAGCAACUUCAGCUCCUUCUUCCUCAACUCUCUGAACGAUCCUUCAGAGUUUUCCAAGUACUUGAGCAAUGGCGAGCUGAAAUGCUCGAAUUUCGAGGAAUUUCAAGUGUUUGGCUGCGGCGCAGGCGCGACAUCCUCUCAGCCGCCGUCGACGCAGCAGCAGACGCAUCAGCUGCAGCACCAGCAGCAACAACAGCAACAACAAUCACUCCAGUAUUCCCACACACAUCUACCCAGCACAGCGGAUUUCUCACCCUACGAUGCUGCGACGCAGGCAGCGACGUCGCAGCGGGAAACCUGUGCCGGCAGUACCGCUUCCACCAGUUCAGGUAGCAAUACCGUUAACUCAUCGUACGCUGUCGCCUCUGGCGAAGUCAGCGCAGCCGCUGCGCCGACGUCUGGAGCGUUAAAUGCGACAGGAUCAGGAUCUGGAUCAGGAGGACCUAAUAAUCCCGUAUCGCUAAACAGCCCCUCUAGCAAUCGUUGGCCCACGGCGGUGGCCACGCCCAAUGGUCAUGCCUCCACCGCCUCGGCGGCAGGAUCAGUGCCCCAGCACUUUGAUGGAUCCUUCGAGUUCAUCAAAUACCUACGACACUCGGCAGACUUCACGCCCAGCACCCCCACCUCCAGUGAGAGUGCCGAGAAGGGUAGCUGCAAGCCGGGAAUCGCUGCCGGAACACCCCCGCCUCCGGCCCAGUCCCCGGUGGCCGGUGGUCUGAUCGACCUGGACACCAGCACCUCUCAGAAAUCCCGAUCUGCUUCGAGGAAGGUGGCCGCCCUCCUGUCUUCCGUUUCGCGAGCUUCCAACAGCCUGGUGGACACCAGCACCUCGGCCCUGGACGUCUUCGACCACGACUCGAAACAAACCAUGUUCGAUCUGCAGCAGAUGGCUUCGAACGGAUCUUCCAACUCCAAUGAGUCGUCGCUGGAGAUGCUGGCCUUUCCCAACUCACACCUCAAUGCCUCCAAUUCGAACACAUCAUCGGAGGGAGCGGCCUGCGGGAGUGCCGGCGAAUUUGGCGGCAUCCUAACCGGCGCCAGUUGUUCCUCAUCCACUGCCUCGUCCUCGUCGCAUGCCCCCAAAUUGCUGGGCAGCUUUGUGAUCAAGGAGAACUUUGAGGUGCAUCCGUCGCACAAGGUGGAGGAGGGCAUAUUCCAGCACAUGAACAAGUUGCCAUCCAAGAAGAAGGAUACACUGAAGCAACUGGGCGUCAGGUUCACUGGCCAGAUGACUCUGACGGACAAAUCGAUUGUGGUGGAGAACUUUAUCAAAUUCUGCGAGGAAUAUGAUAUCAAGGAUCAUCGGCCCUGGCUAUCCUUAAAUCAAUGCGGCCUCAACAAACCGGAACAGAUAAAGUUCGCUCGAUAUUUGGGCCAGGGACUGCCGACGUUCACCCUCUUCUGCAUUUAUAGCAAUUUUAAGAAUCUAUUCUGCACGAAACGCACAGAAAUCUAUACCAAGGAUGGCUACAAUCUGCCUUAUAUACUCGACAAAACCAAGCGCUUCCUGGCCAACACAACAGCUGACCUCAAGAACAUGGCCGCCGCCAAUGAUGGCUCCCUGGAGUUCGCCACCAGUGGUGGCAGCUGCAGCAGCAGCAACAGCAACACCAGCACCAGCAACACCAACAUCGGCAGCAACAGCAACAGCAGUAGCAGCAACGGAGCACCCAAUCCAAAUCCAGCAGUUGCUCUCCCUCAGGGAUAUGUGACGGCACCGACAUCCCAACAACAGCAGCAGCAGCAGCAUCUUAAUCUUGAUCCUCGGUAUGGAGCACCGCAUCCGCAUCCGCCACAGUUGCUGCCACCACCGCCGAUACCGGCCCUGGGACCGCCACCCCGUUCGCUGGAGCAACUGAUCAUCUAUGAGAACUUUGAUGUGCACGAGACGCACCGGAUCGAGGACGGGGUUUGCACACACAUUAGCCGCCUGCCGCCCAAGAAGCAGGAGCUAUUGAAACAGUUCGGUAUACAGAGUAGUAGCCAGCAAUGUCUGAGCAAUUAUGAAAAGUACAUACUCAUCGAAAACUUCAUCAAGUUUUGCAAUGAAUAUCAGAUAUCCGAUCAUCGACCCUUUUUGGACUUCCACGAGAGCGCUUUAUCCAAAUGUGAACAACUUAAAUUUGUACGAUAUCUGGGCCAGGGGUUAUCCAAUCUGACGCUAAACAAGAUUUAUGUGGCCUUCAAGGAGCUACUGGGGAAUGGAAGGCCGGAAAAAGUGAGUAUGGAAGGUUAUAAUCUGGAUGCCCUCUUAAAGAAGAAACGUAAAAAUCUAUACAAUCGCAUGCAUGCAACUGCCCCCAGCAUUGACUUGACCGCCUACGAGUCGGGUCAGCAUAAUCCUCAAGCACACCUAACCACGCCACGACCCCAUCACGCCUUCGCCGCCUUGAAUGCUGUAACGCAGCGCAGCGAAGUAUGCAACGAAUUGACGCACACGGGCUUGCAGUACAGUUACGCCGGACACGGAACCCGGUAAAAACAGCCCCCACCAAUCCAAAA